CCUCCUACUACAAAGUAUGAUGUAUUUCUUAGCUUUAGAGGAGAAGAUACUCGUCACAAUUUUGCAAGUUAUCUCUAUGAAGCACUUUGUAAAGCAAAUAUUCAAACUUUUAUGGAUCACAAACUCCAUAAAGGAGAAGAUAUCUCACCGGUUCUUCUAAGGACGAUAGAGGAAUCAGAGAUAUCUGUGAUUAUUUUCUCUACAGAUUAUGCUUCUUCAACUUGGUGUUUGGAUGAGCUUGUUUACAUAUUAGAAUGUAAGAAAAAAUUUGGAAGGAUUGUGAUGCCUAUUUUCUACAAAAUUGAUCCAUCAAAUGUUUGCAAACAAAGUGGAAGAUUUGGAGAUGGCUUUGCUAAACUGAAGCAAAGAUUUAAAGACAACCCAAACAAAUUACGGAAGUGGAAAAAUGCUUUGAUCCAAUCUACAAGCCUCGCUAGAUGGGAUUCCAAGAAUUUCAGGCCAGAGAUCAAACUCGUUAAAAAAAUUGUCAAGGAUAUAUUGAGCAAAUUGAACUACUGUACAUCGUCAUCAUGUCAUCUUGAAGGACUUGUGGGCAUUAAUCAUCAAAUUGAGAAAAUUGAAGAACUAUUGAUUGAUGCUCGGAUUGUGGGAAUAUGGGGCAUGGGUGGUAUAGGUAAGACUACACUUGCCAAGGCCGUGUUUCACAAUUUGAAAGCACAAUUUGAAGCUUCCUCCUUUGUUGGAAAUGUAAGAGAACAACUAGCAAGAAUUGGUCUGAACAAAUUAAUGGAAGAAAGCCUUAAAGAAUUAUUAAAAGAUGAGGGCCUUCACAUCUACAACAUGAAAUCCACUUUUGUGAAACGCAGGCUCCAACAAAAAAGAUUCUUUUGA